CAUUUGCUGAUAUAGAAGAUUUAUUUUUUUACAUACAUAAAAUUUCAUAGGCAGAGACGUAGAUAGGAUUUAGAAUGAAGAGGCAUUGUGGGGGUUCGGAAUUACAGGAUAAAUGAUACCCAUACUUUUUUACCCAGCGGGAUUCGAACUCAGAAACUGUGAGGAUUCCUUGAUGAUAUAGAAGAAUUAGAAGAAUAAAAUGUAUGUAUUGUAUAGAACCAAAAGGUCCAUUAAACAAUGAAAAUUAAAAUUGGAUAGUAGCAUAUAAAACCCUCUUCCCUUGGUAUGCUUUGAGAGUCCAUUAAACAUAUGAAAAUGGCAUAUUACCAAUCAUCCUUUCUCUUGUAUGGGAAACACCCAUCAUUGCUCCCAACCCAACAAUCCUUUUCUACCUUAGAAACCUGAGCUUCUAAGAUAUUCCUUCUCUUCCUCCAUAUAACCUUUUUUCCAAUCCUAACUUUUUAACCAUCUUGUGCUUCUUUCUUUCUUCAUUCUUUCAACAAUGGAUCCUUCUUCAACAAACUCUGUCAAUGGCUUCUACUCUUUUCUCACCAGAGGCAUCGAUGAUCUCGAAAGGGUUUAUCUUUCAAACAAUUUCAUGUCAAUCCAAUUCCUCCAGAGAGUGCUUUCUCUCCUCAGAUCCUCUCACUCCCAAUUGACCCUUCUUGUCCAGAAACUCCAUUUGCCAGUCGGUGAUAAGUGGCUUGAUGAAUACAUGGACGAGAGUUCCAAGCUCUGGGAAGCCUAUCAUGUCCUCAAAUCGGGUAUUUCUGGGAUGGAAAAUUAUUACUCUGCAGGAUUCAACAUCACAAACUCUCUUGACAAUCAUCCCCGCCUUAGCACCCAACUCUCCAGACAGGUGAUUAGGGCGAUUUCAGGGUGUCGCAGAGAAGCAGUCGGAUUGGAGGAGGAGAACAGAGGUUUAAUGGAAACAAGAAUCCAGCCACUCUCUUUGCGUUUCGACGAGAAAGUGAUUGUGGAAUCAAAACUGAACGCCUUCAAUGGAUUCCGAGGAGUUCUAUACGCAAUGAGGAACGUGAGUUCUCUACUUCUAAUGAUAUUGCUGUACGGAGUGGUGUACUGUUGGCCGGAAUCGAGUUUCGUCAGAGGAGGAUGCGAGGGGUGUUUGUUCUCCGGGUCGGCGUUUAUGAUAUCAACGGCGAGGUUGCAGCAGAGGGUGGCGGCGGAGAUAGAGCAAAUGAGUGGCCUGCCAGGGAUACUGAUGCACGAGUUCAGGCGGUCAAAGGUGGCCAUGGAGGAGCUGAGAGAGGAACUGGAGAGGAGGUGUGGAGGUGGAGUUUUGGAGUGGGAAGAGGAGGUGGGGAUUAGAGAGAGUGUGGAGAAGUUGAGGGGGUGUUUUGGAGUGUUGAGAUCUGGUGCUGAUAAUUUUGCUGCUCAACUUGAUGAUUUCGUUGAUGAGAUUGUUGAAGCAAGAAAGAAGCUCUUGGAUCUUUGCAGUCAUAGGUAGAUAACAAUUAACAAGAGAGAGAUAUAGAUUAAUGUAAUUUAAUCCAAAAAAAAAGAAUUUACUCGGUAGAAAAAUCA